UAUCUAUCCCCCCCCCCCCCCCCCCCCCCCUCUCUCUCUCUAUAUAUAUAUACAUAUAUGUAUAUAUAAUCUUCUCAAGGUCACUUAUAUAUCACUAACACAGCUACCUCCUCCUCUCUGCAGCACAGAUUCAUUGGCAAAAGGUUGUCGUUGAUUGGUGGGGUUUGAUUCAAGUUUUCACCAGUUGAAGAAGAAUGAUAUGAUAUAUGGGAUGAUGACGAUGAUCUGAAGAGAGAGAGAGAGAGAGAGAGAGGAGCGAGAAGAUCUUGCCACAGAUAUAUAUAUACACAGAAAAAGAAAUAUAAUAGCUCCUUGUAUGGCCGGAGGGGAGAAAUCCUACAGCUACUCCGACGUCGCCUCCUCCAGCGGCGGCGCCGCCGCCGCCGCCAUUCAUUCUCAUAUGGUUAACCAGUUGCAGCAAUUUGACCCCAAUCCGGAGAUCUACAACCUCACUGCAGGCAUGGAGAUGAUAGGGUUUCCAUCCAAGAACAACAAUCUGGAUCAAUCUGCUUCAGUUAUAUGGAAGGGCUUCUUCAACCACCACCACAGCGGUGCCGCCGCCGCCGACGGCGGCCCAUCUUCUUCCUCCAAGGAUGCCAACGAGCCGACCUCCAGCGAUCAGUUCUACCAGUUCUACAACAGAUCAUUGCUUCUGGAUGAUCCAUCAUGUGUAUUUCCUUGCGAAGAAAAUCAAAGGCCUAGACAAGGCCUGCAGGGACUUUCCCUCUCCUUGAAUUCGUCCAACCCUUCUUCCGCCAUGGCAGCUGCAGGAUUGCAAGCUUUCGAGCUCAGGCAGCACGUGCAGAAUAACUCGAUCCAAGAACACUCCUUUAUCAAGAACUCAAAGUACUUGACCCCUGCUCAGGACCUCCUCAAUGAACUCGUCUCCCAUCUCGCCGGAAAAUCGUCCGACGACAACCUCAAGCUUCACAAUAAAAAGACAACCACCGACGACGAGAAUGUCGCCGUUAAAAAGCAGUCCCUCUACUCCCUCGACUUCCUCGAAUUGCAGAUAAGAAAAACGAAGCUGCUCCAGAUGCUGGAAGAGGUGGACAGAAGGUACAGGCACUACUGCGACCAGAUGAAGGCCGUCGUCUCCUCCUUCGAAUCAGUCGCCGGCGACGGCGCCGCCUCCGUCUAUUCCGCGUCGGCCUCCAAAACCAUGUCCAGACACUUCCGAUGUCUGAAAGACGGAAUUGUCGGCCAAAUCAAGGCCACCAAGAAGGCUAUGGGAGAGAAGGAUUCCGGCGGCGCAGGGACGACGACGAUGAGAGGGGAAACCCCGAGGCUAAGGAUGAUCGACCAGACACUGAGACAGCAGAGAGCUCUACAGCAAAUGAGCUCGAUGGAGAGCCAUCCAUGGCGGCCCCAGCGAGGGCUACCGGAGAGAUCGGUGUCCAUUCUUCGGGCUUGGCUCUUCGAACACUUUCUUCACCCGUACCCUAGCGAUGUCGAUAAACACAUAUUAGCUCGUCAGACAGGUCUAUCGAGAAGCCAGGUUUCCAACUGGUUCAUCAAUGCUAGGGUGAGGCUAUGGAAGCCGAUGGUGGAGGAAAUGUACGUCGAAGAGCUCAAGGAAAGCGACGCCGCCGGAGGCGACGGCGCAGCUUUGGACAGCACCGCUGCUAUGGCGGAGAAUCACAGUUUCAUUAACCCUUCUAGAAAUGACGAUCAGAAGCCUUCCCAUGAUCAGCUCGUCAGAAUUGAUUCCGACUGUCUCUCCUCCAUCGUCACCACUCCCGACUACAACAACAACAAGGACGCCGCCGCCGCCGCCGGCGGCCGGAAGGACAAAUCCGUUGUCGUCUUCCACGACGAGCACCACCACCACCACCACCGUCAUAUUCAGAACCCUAGUUUCGACAGAUUGGGGGACUCCAUUGGCGCGGCAAUGGAGCUCGAUUUCUCGUCGUACAACCACCACUCCGCCGCCAACAACACCUACACCGGCGUGUCUCUUACUCUAGGCCUUCAUCAACACGGCCCCGACGGCGGACUCAGCCUCGGAUUCUCACCGACAACCGCCGCCGGCGCCGCCGGUUCUUCUCAGAACAACGUCUCCGGCCUCUUCUACACCACCAGAGGAGCUGAUCAUCACAUGGAAGACUGCCAAACAGUUCAGUAUUCUCUUCUAGACAGCGAAAAUCAGACAUUGCCUUACCGGAAUUUGAUGGGAGCUCAGCUGCUCCAUGAUCUCGCCGGAUAAUUAAACCAUUUUCUGGGUUUAAUUUGUCGAUCGAAGGAAGGAUUUUGUCGGUGGAGUUAUUUAUCAAUACAGUUAUAUAUAAUUUGCGGAAAGAGUUUAAAGAAGACGACAAUGGCGGAAAUAUAUAUAUAUAUAUAUAUAUAUGGUAUACAUAGAGAAAAUAGAAAACCAAAAACGUCUGCAAUUUAUAUAAUUUGAUGUUAAAAUUAAAUAUGUAGGCGCAUUUAAUCACUGUACAAUGAAACUUGAUGGCCAUUUUGCUAAAUCAAAUGAGAUAUUUUGAUG